GGGCUGCCGCACUUCAGGCCCGGCUGCCACAGAAGAGGCUUCCUGGCAGCUCCGCUAGAGACGGCCGCCGCGGUUCAGGAGCUGCCGUGAGGCGCGGUCGCCGGGGAGGCCUCGCCGCGUCCCGAGGGGACCCGCUGUGGAGAAGGGGCGGCGGCGUUGGCGGCGGGAAGGAGCCGGGCUCUGAAUGGGGGAAAAUCGUUCCCAUUAAUAUAUAAUAAUCCAGAACUGCAGAGAUCAGAUCAAAAUACUUCAUGUCUGUCCUUUCUUCUUUCUUCCCCAUAACAGGUGGACAAGGUUGACACUGACUUUGCAGUCACUGACAUGAAUGCAUGAAGGCUACUAUACGAUAAUGAUACUUGAAUAUCUUUGAACACUGAAGUUGGCAGAUCAUUGAGAGUGCUGGCAUAAUGUUAUGUUGGGGAAAUGCCUCUUUUGGACAGCUUGGAUUGGGAGGCAUUGAUGAAGAGGUAGUCCUAGAACCCAGAAGAUGCAACUUCUUCCUAAACAAAAAGGUCCGAGAUGUAGGCUGUGGACUAAGGCACACUGUGUUUGUCUUGGAUGAUGGAACUGUAUAUACAUGUGGAUGCAAUGAUUUGGGACAAUUAGGACAUGAAAAAUCCAGGAAAAGACCAGAGCAGGUUGGUGCCUUGGAUGCUCAAAAUAUUGUAGCAGUUUCAUGUGGAGAAGCCCACACAUUAGCAUUAAAUGACAAGGGUCAAGUCUAUGCUUGGGGUCUUGCUGUAGAUGGACAGCUUGGCUUGCCGGGAACUGAGGAAUAUACCAGAGUACCCAGAAACAUUAAAAGCUUGUCAGACAUUCAAAUAGUUCAAGUUGCCUGUGGCUACUAUCAUUCACUUGCACUCUCCAAAGGAAGUGAAGUUUUUUCAUGGGGGCAGAAUAAACAUGGUCAACUAGGUUUAGGAUAUGAAUUCAAAAAGCAGACAUCCCCACAACAGAUCAAAUCAUUACUAGGGAUACCUUUUGCACAAAUUGCAGCAGGUGGUGCACAUAGCUUUGCCCUUACUCUUUCUGGAGCUGUCUUUGGGUGGGGCCGUAACAAAUUUGGUCAGCUCGGUCUUAAUGAUGAAAAUGACAGAUAUGUUCCCAAUCUUCUAAAAUCACUUAGAUCCCAGAAAAUUGUUUACAUCUCCUGUGGAGAAGAUCAUACUGCAACUCUUACAAAGGAAGGUGGCGUAUUUACUUUUGGAGCUGGAGGCUAUGGGCAAUUAGGUCAUAACUCUACUGGCCAUGAGAUAAACCCAAGAAAAGUUUUUGAACUUAUGGGAAACAUCGUCACACAAAUUGCCUGUGGAAGGCAGCACACGUCUGCAUUUGUUCCUUCAACUGGAAGAAUUUAUUCUUUUGGUCUUGGAGGUAAUGGACAGUUAGGUAUGGGAUCAACUAGUAACAGGAAAAGCCCCUUCCCAGUGAAAGGAAACUGGCUUCCUUAUGAUGGACGAUUACCAUUAAAGUCAGAUGGUGAAGAAUAUUACUGUGUAAAAAGAAUUUUCUCUGGUGGAGACCAAAGCUUUUCACAUUAUGUUACUCCACAGGAUUCAGUACCAGCGGAUGACUUCAGAUACCCUUAUGCUUCAAGGCAAAUAUGGACUGUGAAUGAGGGCUUCAUUCAGAGAUUGCUGAACUGCUCAUCUUCAGGAGCAGGGAGGCUCCCUGCAGAGAUAGCAAAUGAAAUAGAUGGAACAUUUUCUUCAUCUGGCAGUCUGAAUGGAAGCUUUUUAGCUGUCAGCAAUGACGAUCACUACAGAACUAGUGCCAGAUUCUCAGGGGUUGAUAUGAACGCUGCUCGACUUCUGUUUCACAAACUUAUACAGUCAGAGCAUCCUCAUAUAUCUCAACAGGUGGCAGCUAGUUUGGAGAAGAACCUUAUACCUAAACUGACUAGUUCCCUGCCUGAUGUUGAAGCCCUAAGACUUUUUCUAACCCUCCCAGAAUGCCCACUAAUGAGUGAUGCAAACAAUUACAUGACACUAGCUAUUCCAUUUGCAACUGCUACUGUGAAUCUAGAAAAGGCUCCACUGAAAGUACUUGAGAAUUGGUGGUCUGUAUUGGAGCCUCCCUUAUUCCUCAAUAUAGUGGAACUUUACAAAGAUGUUGUAGUCCACCUUCUGAAAUUGUACAAGAUGGGCAUCCCUGCUUCAGAACAAAGAAUCUUUACUAGCUGUCUACACAGUUCUCUCAAGGUUUUGGAAAUUUUGCAUAGGGUAAAUGAAAGAGGUGGGCAAAUCAUUCAGUAUGAUAAAUUCUACAUACAUGAAAUACAGGAUUUGAUAGACAUAAGAAAUGAUUACUUCAAUUGGAUCCAACAGCAGGCAUAUGGAAUGUUAGCAGAUGUGCCAGUUACAAUUUGCACCUAUCCCUUUGUGUUUGAUGCACAGGCAAAGACCACACUUUUGCAAACAGAUGCCGUUUUACAGAUGCAGAUGGCUGUUGACCAGGCUCACAGACAGAAUUUUUCAUCUAUUUUUCUCCCAGUAUUUGAGUCUGUCAAUCCAUGUCUGAUCUUAAUAGUGCGCAGAGACAACAUUGUGGGGGAUGCCAUGGAAGUCCUAAGGAAAACAAAAAAUGUGGACUACAAGAAGCCUCUGAAGGUCAUUUUUGUAGGAGAAGAAGCCGUUGAUGCAGGGGGAGUCCGCAAAGAAUUUUUCUUACUGAUCAUGAGAGAGCUGUUAGAUCCCAAGUAUGGAAUGUUCAGGUAUUAUGAAGACUCCAGGCUCAUUUGGUUCUCAGAUAAGACAUUUGAAGACAGUGACUUGUUUCACCUGAUUGGUGUUGUCUGUGGGCUAGCAAUAUAUAAUUUUACUAUUGUAGAGCUUCAUUUUCCCUUGGCUUUGUAUAAGAAACUUCUGAACAAGAAACCUACCCUGGAGGACCUCAAAGAGCUAAUGCCUGAUGUUGGCAGGAGUAUGCAGCAGUUACUGGACUAUCCAGAAGAUGAUAUAGAAGAUACUUUCUGCCUCAACUUUACAAUCACUGUUGAAAAUUUUGGUGCCACAGAAGUUAAAGAGCUAAUUCCUAAUGGUGCUGAUAUUCCUGUUGUCAAACAAAAUAGGCAAGAGUUUGUGGCUGCUUAUGUGGACUACAUCUUCAAUAAAUCCGUGGCUUCUCUCUAUGAUGCAUUCCAUGAAGGCUUUCACAAGGUGUGUGGAGGUAAAGUUCUGCAGCUCUUCCAACCCAAUGAACUGCAAGCGAUGGUGAUCGGUAACACAAACUAUGACUGGAAAGAAUUAGAAAAGAAUACACAAUACAAAGGAGAGUAUUGGACUGAGCAUCCAACAAUUAAAAUGUUCUGGGAAGUUUUUCAUGAAUUACCAUUGGAAAAGAAGAAACAAUUUUUGUUUCUGCCUGAAGGCCGAGGAAUGAGUAAGCUUGAAGCUUACUGCUAUUUGUGUGAUACAAGUCUGUGAGCCAGUGUGAUGUACUGGUUAGGAGCAUGGGACUGGGACACAGGGGAUCUGAUUCUAGUCCCCACUGAGCCAUGGAGCCAACUGGGUGACUUUGGGCUGUUCACAGACUCUCAGCCCAACUUACAUCACAGGGCUGUUGUUGUGAGGAUAAGAUUGAGAGCAGGAGGAAAUCACUAAAUGGGAUUGAGUGAAUGGUAAGCAAUCUACACUGGGUUGUUAUAUCAUGCAACCUCCAUGUGACUCUCCAUAUCUAAAGGAAGUGGCUUUUGUUCCUCUACCAAUGUGUAAAUGUUUUGGGUUGUGAAAUUGCAGGAUGCUGAGAUCAGUGAAUAACCUUUGGUGGUUCAAGGAAGAUUAUUAAAGUUUUCAAACCAUUAAAAUUCUAGCUGAGAGACUGGUUGAAUGAAGAUAAAAUUGGCUUUUGUUUCUGUUGAUUAUCAGCGGAACUAAACCAUGACAAAGUUGCCCCAGUAGAUUUUAAGUUCAACUAACUUUUGAAUGUAUAGUGUACUCUAAAGUUUACCCAGAUGCAUGUGAGGAAGUAUGAAUUGCGGCUGUUUAGAUGCUGCAGAUCAAGCUAGUGGAAAGGACUGUUAAAAUUGUUCUUCUGUUAUUAAAGGUAAAACACUGGCUUUUGGUUUGAAAUGGAUUAUCACUAGCUUAACCUCACAGUCUACUGAGUUAAAAGUAUAAAAUUUAUUUAGUUUUGUUAAAUGUGUUAAAAAAGCAGUUGAUAAAAAAUUAAUUUGUGGUGUUAUCUUUAGCAAAAUGGCUAAUUGCCUUUAAAGGGUCAGUAAGCAUCUUCUUUAAGAACUGUUACUGUGUCAGAGAAUGAAACCAAAGUUAAAUAAUUACAUUAUCACAUAUGACACAGCACUAAUCUGCGCUAAGUUUUUGGACUUUGUACCUGGACUUUUCUCAUUUCAUUUCUUUUUCU